AUGGAUAUCAAAAAGGCGACUUUAGAGUUGAAGGUUAUUCAUUCCAGUUUAAAGGCGAUGAGCACAUUUGCCAAGAACUUCAAUAGUGAAACAAACAAUCAAAGCCAAGUUAGAGUACGCUUAGAGGAACUUCCAAGUAUUUCAGAAAAAUUUGAAGAAGUGCAGUCAGUAAAAGAAGAACUUGAUCAAAGGUCAGAUGACGUAGUAAUGGAUGAACGAGCAAAAUUUAGAGAGAGAUUUUAUGAAGUCAAGGCAUCAUUAUUACAUAUAUUGGAAGCUGAAGAAUCCAAAAAAUCAGAAGUGACCAGUCCAUCCUACAGCAUCACAUCCAGUCAUGUAAACAACAAUAUGAUGAAAUUACCACCUAUUGAACUCCCUAAGUUUAGUGGUGAUUGGAAAGAAUGGACAUCAUUCAUAGACUCGUUCAAUGUUUACUUCCACAACAACAAAGAUAUGGCACCGGUUCAUAAAUUGCAUUUUCUUAAGGCUUGUUUAGAAGGGCAGGCCAGUGACAUUGUCAAAUCUAUACCAACUACAAAUGAGAACUAUGGGCAGGCCUAUGAUGCAGUAACAGCAAGAUAUGAAAACAAAGGAGCAAUUAUUCAAUCACAUAUUAGAGCAUUAUUUGAUACUCCUAAAAUUUCAAUAGCUUCAGUAAUAGAGUUGCAAAGACUUUAUCAUCACAUUACUUCAAAUAUAAAUGCAUUACAGGCUUUAGGUCAACCGAUCGAAGCCUGGGACGCUUGGUUAGUCACAUUAAUAUGCAACCGAAUGGAUAGAGUAACCGUCGGUGAAUGGCACGUUAAAUAUAACAAGAAAGACCUACCAGAGUUCAAAGAAAUAAAAGAAUUUUUAUUUAACCGUAUUGCUGCCUAUGAAGCAGGUGAAGUUAACGUUGGUGCAUCAUGUAUUAAACAGAAUGUGGUCAAGUCCAGUAAUAAAGUUCAAGAAAAAAAGGUUUUUUUUGUUAAACCUGCGAACAAGGUAACCACAUUGUACAAAUGUCCCUCUUGCAAUGAAACUCAUAGAUUAUAUCAAUGCAUAGGUUUUAAUGAUUUGAAAGUACCAGAUCGCCGAGAAUUUGUUUCAAAGAAUCGGUUAUGUUACAACUGUCUAUACUCUAAUCAUCAAGCACAAGACUGCAGGUUCCCAGGUUGUCCAAGAUGUGGUCAAAAACAUAAUUCAAAAUUGCAUUUGGUUCAAGCUCAUGAAAAUCAACAAACUAGUAGUGAAACGGAGCCCAUUGCAAGCACAAGUGCUCUAUGUUUUAGUAAGGGUAUAGCACAAUCAAUGCAUGCGUCAGGUGACAUGGUCAUGUUGGCCACAGCCGUGGUAUACAUUAAAGAUGCAGCUGGCUAUCCUCAACCCUGUAGAGCACUACUGGACUCAGGAUCACAAGUUAAUUUUAUAACUGACGCCUGUGCCCAAUUUCUUGGAAUGUCUAAAACAAAAUGUGUUCUACCAAUAGUUGGUAUCAACUCAAUGAGGUCAGAUGCACAGAGAUUGCAACCAGUUGUAAUGUAUUCCAGGUUUGAAAAUUUCAACGUUUCACUAGACCUUCAUGUACUUCCUUCAAUCGCCAAUGAUAUGCCAUCUCAAUUAAUACGUUUAGAUCAGUCAAAGAUUCCGGACAUUGUUAAUGAACAAUUGGCAGAUCCAAGCUAUGAUACACCAGGCAAGAUAGAUAUACUACUUGGCGCAGAAAUGUUUUACACACUUUUCAGUGGAGAAAAAGUUGCCAUUACAAAUAGUUUAGUGUUUCACAAAACCACACUUGGAUGGGUUCUUACUGGAAGGGUAUUAAAUAGUGAAGUUAUACAGUCUAGGUUUUCUGCUUGUACUUGUGCUAAUGAUGCGACCAUAAACUCAGCGCUUUCACUAUUUAUCAGUAAAUCAAGUGUUCGUAAAGAUGAAGAAGAUGAAGCUGAACAGCAUUUUAAGAAGACACAUUACAGAGAUGAGUCAGGACGAUUAGUUGUUAGCCUCCCAUUAAAUACUAAGCUCAGUUCGCUUGGUGAAUCUAAACACAUGGCGCAACAACGAUUCUUUAACUUGGAAAAACGGUUAUCUAAAGACAGAGAACUAUGCAUAGCCUACCACAAGUUUAUGUCAGAGUACCUAGACAUGAACCACAUGGAACUAGUAACUAAUGAUGAUUCAAAUAGUCAAACAUAUUAUUUGCCUCACCAUGCUGUCAUCAAAGAAGACAGCAUCACCACAAAAUUAAGAGUUGUGUUCGAUGGAUCAGCUCCAUCAAGUUCCGGGCUAUCCCUUAAUGAUGUCAUGUUAAAGGGACCUAUAGUGCAAUCUUCCUUGUUCUCAAUACUGUUACGAUUCAGAGUACAUAAGAUAGCAUUAACCGCAGAUGUUGAGAAGAUGUACCGUCAAAUACUAGUAACUCCAAAAGACUGUCAACUACAACGAAUUUGGUAUCGUCCAAGUCCCUCUGAACUGUUAAGGGAAUAUAACCUUCGGACAAUCACGUACGGUACAAAAUCAGCUCCCUAUUUAGCGACCCGUAGCCUGGUGGAAGUAGCCUUUUCAGCUCCAAAUGAAGCUGCUCAAAGAGCUAUAAAAGAUGAUUUCUAUGUAGACGACCUACUUACUGGUGCUGAAUCUUCAGACGAAUGUUUCCAGCUAUACAAAGAUGUUUCAGACACGUUGGCGUCUCGUUGUCUACCGUUAAGAAAAUGGUGUACAAGUUCUUCCAAAGUCCUGAGUAAAUUACCAAAUUCUGGGACCGAUCCUAAUCAUGUUUUACAAUUUAGUGAACAGGAUGCUGUCAGUACGUUAGGUAUAAUGUGGCAACCCAUAACAGAUUGUUUUUGCUUUACAUUAAAGCCAUGGAAUCCACCCAAAAAAAUGACUAAGCGCACAUUGCUUUCUGACAUUAAUAGGAUUUACGAUCCACUUGGUUUCCUAACACCAGUUCUUAUAACUGGAAAGAUCUUUGUUCAACAAUUAUGGGUGUUGAAGAUUGAUUGGGACACGACAUUACCCGACGAUAUGCAACAUCGGUGGAAAAACUUCUAUUUAUCUUUGUAUGCGUUGGAUAAAUUAGCCAUUCCACGUCGGCCAUUGUCAAGUAAUUGGUUAAACAUACAGCUUCAUGGAUUUUGUGACGCCUCACAGGAGGCGUACGGAGCAUGUGUUUACGCAAGAACACAGAAUUCAAAUGGAGAUGUUGAAACAGCUCUAUACGUUUCAAAAUCAAGGGUAGCACCACUUCAUGCGACCACUAUACCCCGGUUAGAACUCUGUGGUGCUGUACUACUCAGUGAUUUAACUACAGAAGUCAUUUCUGAAUUAAAAAAAUUGAAUAUAAACCUACAUCAACGCGACGUUGUACUGUGGUCAGAUUCAACGGUUGUCAUCGCCUGGAUAAAUAGUACACAGCCACUUAAGUCAUGUGUAUCAAAUAGAAUUGCUCAAAUUUUAGACCACACUGAUAAAACACAAUGGAAUCAUGUGCCCACAGAUUGUAAUCCAGCUGAUCUUAUAACACGUGGACAAACAGUUAACAAUUUACAACAGUGUUCAAUGUGGUGGAGUGGUCCACACUGGCUCUCAAAGCACCACACUUCAUGGCCUACACGUACUCAGCCAGUUUUAAAUGAGGUUCCUGAAGUACGACCUGUUAAAUUGGUGCUUCAGGCAUCUGCUCAGCCAGUAGAUGAUUAUCCGCUCAGCAAGUUUUCUAAAUGGAACCAUAUGGUACGCGUUACAGCGUACAUGUUGCGUUUCAUAUCCAACAGUCAAGGAUGA